AUGUUUUCUAGAAAGAUAUUAUUGUUGGUAUUCAACGCCUCCUUGUGCGUUGUUGCGGUCACAGCAGAAUGCACAAAGUUCUCGACCAAUGGAACGGUAGCAGCGACAUAUGACUACUACCGCUUUUUUGACUUCAGGCAUCUCCAAGGGAGUCUUGAUGAGACUGCAGCUUCCUCGUCAUCUCGAGAGAAUGAUGUUAAGAUUACGGAAUCUUCUAAAGGGAAGUCUAAGAUUGUUGCGGCUGCACCAUGGAAUGCCGAUUGGACUCCACGCGACUGGUUUCGGCCAGCUCCAAAGGAGAACACGAUAGAUAUGUACUACACACCUUCACGCAUAACUAUAAACAAUGACGCCGAAUCUGCGAAGGAACAGUCUACUUACCUCACUCUACACACGACACGACUUCCCAACGGAACUCAGCUCGCUGCUGAGCUGGACUUUGCGGAGCACAAUGCCACCUUCGCCUCUAUGCGUAUGCUCGCACGGAUUCGUGGAGCCAGCGGAGCAGUUGCAGGCUUCUUUACGUACCAUAACGACACAAGCGAGUCGGAUAUAGAGAUCCCAACCGGAGGUGCCUCGAGCGAGCUGCACUGCUCGAAUCAGCCAACGACCGAUCCCGAUACAAAUAUGCCUAUCGAGGGAGCAACAUUUAAUGUAUCGUUGGAAGCACACGAGCCUGCGACUGCAUGGAACAGUUAUCGAAUGGACUGGACAUCCGGACGUAGCGUGUGGUACGUCAAUGGUAUACAGUCGGCUGACACAGAGGUCAAUGUACCGGAUACCGAGAGCAGAAUAAUUCUGAAUCUGUGGAGCAACGGCGGAAACUUCUCUGGGCGGAUGACUACUGGCAGUGAAGCCUGGUUUGACAUCCAAUGGGUAGAACUGUUGUUCAAUACGACUGCUAGCCCAAGUUCGCAAGAGAAAGGCACAGCGUGUUCGGUAGAGAAAACGCCUGGAUCUCCCGUACCGAGCUCCUCCGUUCGCCCCAAAGACAGUGUUUCUGGAUGUCUAUGGUGGGUGGUUGGAUUGGCGUCGGCUGUGAGCUUGAUGGCAUACAUGUAG